CUGCCACAAACGACAGCGAACAACAAAACAACAACCUUUGUCCUCCCCAACCAACCACCAAAGCUGCUGCUUGCUUGCUUGCUUGCUUGCUUGCUAGCUUGCUUGUGGCUGGGAUUGUGUGAGCUGUGUCAGGUGUGUUGGUCGCUCACGGUCCCCCCCCACUGCCACUGCCGUUGCUGGUUGGUCGAUUAAAGGUAUACGCGUGUGUGCGUGUGUGUGGCGAAACAGCAGCGUGAGAUGGUCACGCGUUCCACAGCCGCAGCCUUCGCGCUGUGGGCAGUUGCACUCGCGUUGGUCGUUGUGACUACUGUUGUUGAAGCCUCGAGCGAGAGAUGCGAAGACAAGCUGUCCAUUGCCAUCGUUGGAAGCGGUGUCGGCGGCGCAUUCACUGCGCACCACUUGCACAACGACCUCAACAAGCUGACGAAUGGCGAUGUAGUGAUCGAUGUGUUUGAACGGGAGAGUGGUGUUGGCGGUCGCCUGCAGAGCUUUGUCCACGACAACGCAAACAAGAGCCUCAUUGAGAUGGGUGGCUCCAUCAUCCACCGCAAGAAUCAGUACAUGUGGAACUUCACGGACACACUUGGCUUGACCGUUCAGCAGUCUGCGUAUGGAGAGCACUCUGUUCUUGGUGUGUUUGAUGGCGACAACAUUAUCUUCCAGACUUCCGAGUACGAUUGGGUGACGAUCCUAAAGAUGCUGCUGCGGUAUGGGCUGAGUCCCUACCGUAUGGACGGGGUGGUCAAGGAACUGCUGGACAAGUUUGAUGGCAUCUACGAAGCACAGCACCAACGAUUGGUGUUUGAUACCGUGGAUUCGCUGCUGUCACAUGUUGGUCUCUACGAUUUGACACAACAGGAUCUCAGGUCGUACCUUCGCGACCAGGGGAUUGGCGAUCUUCUUGCCGAUGAGCUCGUCGUUGGAAUCAUGCGCACAAACUACGGCCAGGAUCUGAACAUGAAUGCGUUUGGCGGUGCUGUCUCGCUUGCUGGCGCAUCUGAACACCUGUGGGCCAUCGAAGAGGGGAACAAUCGAAUGUGUGCCCGGCUUCUGGACAAUCCAUCCACACACGUGCACUUGAAUACGCACGUGGACCGCAUCGUGACACAAUCUGGCGGCAACCCAACCAUCACAACCACAACCAACGAAGGAGAGACGCACACGCGCGAGUACGAUGCAGUUGUGAUUGCGACACCACUGGAGACAGGGAGCAUCGAGCUGAGCGAGGACAUGCAAUCGCGGGUUGCUGCGCGGAAGAUGCACACGACUGUGGCGACGUUUGUUGAGGGAACAUUGAACUCGUCAUACUUUGGACUGCGCGAGGACCACCGCGUCCCAGCUGUCAUUCUCACCGUCGAGAAGGACACCAUCCCCAUCAAUUGCAUCGCGAAUGUUGCGACAGACGAGAGGAAACAGAACAACGCUGGUCUCUUCAAGAUCUUUUCCCGCCGGCGCCUGGCCCGGGAGGAGCUGGAUUUGUUUCUGCUUGACAUCAAGGAGGACUCCAUUCGUGAGGUGGACUGGAAGGCCUAUCCGAAAUUCGCCCCACCCGAGCAAUUCACACCGUUUGUUCUCGGCGAAGGCGUGUUUUAUCCCAACGCCAUUGAGAACUCGGCCUCUGCGAUGGAAAUGUCGGCCAUCGCUGCAAAGAACGCAGCCCUGCUGGUGGAGAAGCACAUGCGGCGCAAAUGCUUGCAGGCAACCGACGAGGACGAUGCUGAGAAAGAGGAAGAAAUGGAAGAAGACCAAGCAGCAGCAGCAGCAGCAGCGACAGACGAUAACACUGGCAAUGGAUCCGAGGUGACCAGUGGUGGCGAUGGCACGGACAAUGCUGGUGGUGCUGUUGAUGGUGGCGAUGAUGGCGAUGAUGGCAAUUAUGGCGGUAGCACCAGAUCUGAUGAUGAAGGAGCAGCAGCAGCCCCAGAGAGCCCCGAGACAGCGCACGACAAUGACGACGACCACCACAACGACAACGACCAGCAGCAACAUGACGAGACAGAGGAGCAGACGCGCGAGGACCGUGAAGUCAAGGGCAGCGAAGGUGAUGAUGAUGAUGCUCGUGGAGACGAGGAUGGUGGUGAGGACGUGGAGGCGGACGCCGAAGACUCGAGCGGAGACGAAGACAGCACCGACAAUGACGACAACGAUGACAACAAUGACAAUCAAGAUGACGGUCACCACCACCACCACGACGACGACCACCACGACCACCACCAUCAUCAUCAUCACCAUCACCAUCACCAUGAUCAGGACCAUGGUGAAGAGCAUCUGGUGCACGCUGGUAGGCGGCGGUACACAGCAGAGAUGAACACGGACACCGACGCUGCUGUCGACGGCGAUGACAACCAAGCUGGUGGUGAUGGUGAUGGUGGUGCAUCGAGCCAUCACGACAUUCCCGUGAUUCCGCAGCCAACGCAGCGCCGGCGGCCACUCAACUGAUGCUCAUGCAUGUGCUUUUGUGUGUACGUAUGUGUGUGUAUGGGUGUGUACGUGUGUACGUGCGUGUAUGCGUGUGUAUGUGGUUUUGUGCAUGCACGUGUGUGUGUGUGUGUUGCUGCGAAUACAUUUGUUGCGGACAAUGAUGAACUCGAGUUGACACGAUGGAAUGCAUCGCUUUCGCGGAGAAC